ACGUCAGCCUUCGCUUCCCUCCCCAGUCCUCCCCCCAUCUCCUCGCGCUCCGACGUCCAUGGCUUCUUCUUCUCCUCCUCCGUCGUCGCUCUCCCUCUCCUUCUCCUCCUCGCUUCCCCGAUCCCCACUUCUCGAAGGCGGCGCCGCCGCCACCGCCGGCAGAAGAGGCGCGGCGGUGUCCCUCCCGGCCCCGUCGUCCCGGCGGGUGGUCCUGUGCGCGUCCGCGCCACCCGCGAGGAAGGGCGCGAGCGCCAAGCCCUCGCCGCCUUCCUCGGCGGCCACGAAGAAGAGGCACUGGAAGGAAGGAGAGUACCCUGGGAUCUCCGAGAAUUCGGCGGCGGCGGCGAACGGGAGGAGGCGGCGGCCGCCUCUGAAGAACGUGAAGAAGAAAUUGGACCGGCAGAGCAACGCCGCGGCGUGGGCUUGUACCGUCACCGAAGCCCUUUCCGAUCGCAUUCUCAAGAAGCAGUGGAUGGAAGCGCUUGAGGUUUUCGAUAUGCUGAGGGAGCAGCCAUUUUAUCGACCAAAAGAAGGGACUUACAUGAAACUCCUCGUUCUGCUCGGUAGAUCGGGCCAGCCCGACCGUGCUCGCCAGCUGUUCGAUACAAUGGUCGAUGAAGGAUGCGAACCCACUUCUCAACUCUAUACAGCUCUGCUGGGGGCUUAUUGCAGGAACAAUCUCAUCAAUGAGGCAUUCUCAAUUCUCAGUCGAAUGAAGGGCCUCCCUAAUUGUCAACCGGACGUUUUCACAUAUAGUAUCCUAAUUAAGGUGUGUGUCGACUCUUCACGUUUUGAUUUGGUCGAAUCACUUUACCGGGAAAUGGCUGAUCGGUUGAUAACUCCUAACACCGUCACACAAAACAUAGUUUUAAGUGGUUAUGGGAGGGCUGGAAAAUUCGAUCAGAUGGAAAAGGUACUUUCGGGUAUGCUUGAGAGCACAGAGUGCAAACCAGAUGUCUGGACAAUGAACAUCAUUCUCAGUGUGUUUGGCAACAAGGGGCAGAUUGAUGUGAUGGAAAGAUGGUAUGAGAAAUUCCGAAAUUUCGGGAUCGAACCAGAAACUCGGACUUUUAACAUACUCAUCGGUGCAUAUGGAAAGAAGAGAUUGUAUGACAAGAUGUCAUCUGUGAUGGAGUACAUGCGUAAGCUUCAAUUUCCUUGGACAACCUCGACCUACAAUAACAUGAUCGAGGCUUUUGCAGAUGUUGGAGAUGCACACAACAUGGAAUAUACUUUCGAUCAGAUGCGCGCUGAGGGCAUGAAAGCAGAUACCAAGACAUUCUGCUGCCUUGUACGUGGAUAUGCCAAUGCAGGUCUCUUCCAUAAAGUCAUAAGUAGCGUCAGAUUAGCUGGCAAGUUUGAAAUACCAGAGAACGCAUCAUUCUAUAACGCAGUUAUAUCAGCAUGUGUAAAAGCUGAGGAUCUAUUGGAAAUGGAGAGAGUAUUUAAGCGGAUGAAAGACAAGCACUGUCGCCCGAAUUCGACCACCUACUCAAUUAUGAUAGAGGCAUAUCGAAAAGAGGGAAUGCACGACAAGGUCCAUGAUUUGGAACAGGAGAAAGAGGAGACUGUUCUUGAUGGGUCCGAGAACGAGUAUGCCCUCGGGCCAGAGCCGGUGGCGGAUGCUUAAGGAAACCUGAGCAAGUACUGUGGCCUAGUGCAGGUGUGCCGUGGAUCAUUCGCGGGUUUUCUCAUACAGCACGGGCUCUUUCCAUGCUGCAGAUAAUGCGGGUUCGGCCUCUCGACGGUCCUUUGGAUCCAAUGAUGCUUCGGGAUAGUUUGCUCAGGUGGCUCAAACCAAUGUACGCAGCUGAUGUACCAACAGAGGUAACUAGUGUGCUCCAAUUGAUGAUAUCUUUUCUGGCCGGUGGGAAAAGUGGUCAUUCAUGUAUCUGUGCGAUUCAUGGCAAGGAAAAAGAGAAGCUGUGAUUAAGUAUUGUUGUA